CCUUUCUCGGGCCCAGCAAAACUUUAAAGCCAGCUGAGCGGUGAUUCUGUUGGUGUAAAGGUGACGAAGUGGAUUCCUGUAACACUGGGCUGGGGAGAACCGAUUCCCCUCCCACCGAUAUGGCUUUCCUUGCCGAGAUUCGUGUGCCAACAGAAUGGGGUCGGGGCCCGGGAGCUUGAACAAAACAAAGACUCGCUCUGCCUCAGCCUGCAGAUUCUAAGUGGACUCUCAAUGACUCUCUGAAAGAUGCUAGAGCCCCAGGUGUGAACAUCACAAAUGUUGUCAAAUGACGGAUCCAGGAAUCGGGACAGGCACUAUGAUCAGGUCCCGAGGGACUCGGACGAUCAAGAUGGCACCGUAAGAACCUUCCAGACUCUUCAUGACAGUGAGCUGGCUGUGAGCGCUGAUCCGUUGCCACCACCCCCUCUCCCGUUACAGCCACCAUUCGGCCCAGAGUUCUACUCAAGUGACACGGAGGAACCGGCCAUAGCGCCAGAUCUCAAGCCUGUAAGGCGCUUUGUCCCUGAGUCCUGGAAGAACUUCUUCCGAGGGAAGAAAAAGGACCCAGGGUGGGAUAAGCCGGUGUCAGACAUCAGAUACAUCUCCGAUGGAGUGGAGUGCUCACCUCCAGCCUCUCCCACAAGACGAAGCCACCAUUCACCCCCCAACUCCUGCGAAGAUCCUCAGGGCGGGUCCCAAGGCAGCUGCCAUUCCCGGAAGGAGACCGAGGCAAUGUUUCCGUACGACCCCUGCGGGUCCCUAGGCCGACACACACACACAGCCCGAACCUACAGUGAGAAGGUGGAGGAGUAUCACCUGCGGUAUUCCUACAUGAAGUCGUGGGCAGGCCUGCUGCGGAUCCUGGGUGUGGUGGAGCUGCUGCUGGGGGCCGGCGUCUUCGCUUGUGUCACCGCGUACAUUCACAAGGACAGCGAGUGGUAUAACCUGUUCGGAUAUUCACAGCCCUAUGGCAUGGGAGGCGUCGGUGGCCUGGGCAGCAUGUAUGGGGGCUACUACUACAGUGGCCCCAAAACCCCUUUUGUCCUUGUGGUGGCUGGAUUGGCUUGGAUCACCACCAUUAUCAUCCUGGUGCUUGGCAUGUCCAUGUAUUAUCGGACCAUUCUCUUGGACUCAAAUUGGUGGCCCCUAACUGAAUUUGGGAUUAACGUCUCCUUGUUCAUUUUGUACAUGGCUGCAGCCAUAGUCUAUGUAAACGAUACCAACCGAGGUGGACUCUGCUACUAUCCAUUAUUCAACACACCGGUGAACGCAGUGUUCUGCCGGGUGGAAGGAGGACAGAUAGCAGCGAUGAUCUUCCUCUUUGUCACCAUGAUGGUUUACCUCAUUGGUGCUUUGGUUUGCCUAAAGUUAUGGAGGCACGAGGCAGCUCGGAGGCAUAGGGAAUGCAUGGAGCAACAGGAGAUAAGUGAGCCAUCACUGCCAUCAAAAAGGAAAAUGUGUGACAUGGCCACUGGUGGUGACAGACAGAGAGACCAAGAAGAUAAUCUUAAAGAACCGAGAGCAACAAAAAUGAAACCUGAAGUACUGAGUAGACAGAUCCCCCCGGGCCACAUCCCGAAACCAAUCGUGAUGCCGGACUACGUGGCGAAAUAUCCUGUGAUUCAGGCGGAUGAUGAACGAGAACGCUAUAAAGCUGUGUUCCAGGACCAGUUUUCUGAGUACAAAGAGCUCUCCUCAGAAGUUCACGCUGUCUUGAAGAAGUUUGAUGAGCUGGAUGCAGUGCUGAGCAGAUUGCCUCGUCGUUCAGAAAACCAGCAGGAACAUGAGAGAAUUGCAAGAAUCCAUGAAGAGUUUAAGAAAAAAAAGAAUGAUCCUACGUUUCUAGAAAAAAAAGAACGCUGUGAUUAUCUAAAGAAUAAACUUUCUCAUAUAAAGCAAAGGAUUCAAGAAUAUGAUAAAGUAAUGAACUGGGAUGUACAGGGUUAUUCUUAAAAUUUAUUUGAAACCACUUUUUUAUGUCAAGCGUCAUAUUUAUUUACUGUUUUUUUAUGCUGGUCUCUGUGACAGAGAAGCAAAUGCCUCCUGAAUCAGCUUCUAGUUGCUUUAACUGGUAUGUCAAGUUAAAACAGUAGGUGAUUGCAUUUCAGACAUUUCAAAACAAAUUCAAAUUUAGUAAGGUCCUUUACUAAGAGUGGAAGAAACUCUGGAUUCGUCUGUGUACAAUUUAUAUUUAUCUUGUUAAAAUUGAUUUAGGGAUUGUGUCCUU